AUGGCUCCCUUCAUCCCCAUUCCAUCAUCUCCCCGCCCCCUCCCCACUAUCCCCACCUCAAACUUCGGGGCGGGUCCCCUCCCCUCCCUCCCGUCCUGGGUCGUUGGCGCUGACCGCCCGCUUCCUCCUCCUCCUCUUCCUCCUCGCCGCACUCGCCAGAGCCGUCCCAUUCAACCUCCUCCUGUCCCGGCUCCCAGCCCCCGAGCAUCGACCAUUACCAGCACCCAGGUCUCUGAGGUCACCCCCUCUCCAUCCAAUAGGCGUGUCCCUCCUCCUCCUACUAUCCCUACUUUGCCCGGAGGCUGGCCUGCCCAGCCCAAGUCGCAGUCACCACCCAAGGUCGAACCCCAGCCCCAACCCACGAUCACGCCCCAGGCCGACCCCAAGCGCAAGUGGUUUGCCACCCAGAGUGACCGCCCGAUGCCUGGCUCCUACGACUUUAUUCGCAACGAGUGCCUCAAGGACAUGUUGGAGCACGCUCCCCUUCCCACCAUGAAGGCCGUUCUUGCCGAUAUCAACAGCAGGCCUGCUCCUAGCCGCCGCUAG